AACACAAUAACACAGUAACAUCAAAAGUACUGUGUAACUACCAACCUUAACCUAUGUACACAUAAUCGAACUUCUUAAUUUCACAACCUCCCCUCCCUCUCUCCCUUUUCGUGGAACCCAUUUCCCAUUUUCCCCUUUCCAAAAGAAUGAAUGCAUAAAGUUUGGUGGCGACUGAUCCUUUUUCGAUCCCACAUAACCAAAGAGAAUGACAAUAUCACUGGUAGGUUUGAUUAUUUAACAGAAAAGGACUGCUGGAAAAUGGGAGGUUGCUGUUGUUCUGCCAGGAAACCUCACCUGCAUGGAACACCAGUGUAUUACUAUUGCCCACCAACUUUAGAAGAGCGUGAGUCUUUAACAUCUAAUGAUGGUAGGGCUAUGUCCCUCACUACUGGAUUGCUGGUAAGCUUGAACCUGGAAACUUCCACACCUGAUACAUACCAGUCCCCUCCCGCACCUCCACCUUAUGAUAUGGUCCUGGGAGGUCCAGCAUCAACAGAUUCUGAAUCAGGCAGAGUAACAGUUAGUGGUAGUAGCUUUGAAACAUUAAUUACAUGCGAUGAUCUUGAAGAAUCUGACUGUAAAGCUAAAGCUAAUUCAGCACCUAUAUCUCCAAGCAAGGCUGAAUUGUCAAAAUCUAAAGAAUUUCAUGCAUUAGUAACAGAAGAAGAGGACGGCUGUCCAAUUUGUCUUGAUGAAUAUGAUGUUGAGAAUCCUAAAACUCUGACAAAAUGUGAACACCACUUUCACCUGUCUUGCAUUCUUGAGUGGAUGGAAAGAAGUGAUUCCUGUCCUAUAUGCAAUCAGGAGAUGAUAUUUGACCAGACAUUGAACUAGUUCUGUUGUUUAAAAAAGAAGAGCUUGCUAAAUGCGUGAAAGAUAGAUGAAAACUAAUUGUUUGAUAGCUGGUUUGAAGAUAGUACAAAUUCAUUUUCAAUUCCUAGAGCAUUUAAAAGCUCUUGUUUUAAUGGACCCAUUCAUUGUGUGUACAAUAUGUGAGAAGAAGAAUGAGAAGGUUUUGACAGAAUGCUACACCACAUUACAUGUCUCUGAGUGCAAUUUCUCAUGUCAGAACUCACCUAUUAUCAAAGUGAAAGAGUGAAGCUUUUCUCAAGAAGAAACUCAUGUUCCCAGAAUGGCUUCCCCUCCUUCCCCACCCCCAUGUCGCUUUGCUGCUCUCUCUCCAUUUUCUUGUACAAAUUUCUCAAUAUUUAUUUGUUUUUCUAUGUUAUUUUCUGAGAGGAAAAAAAAAUGCAUACUGGUCUUGUAAAUCAAGUCUGCUUUACAUUUUGCCACAUUUUCAAUGUAUAUAUCGUGGUGGAUGUUGUUGGGGAUCCCUUCUUUUGUUGUAUACACUGGACCCCUUUGUUUUAAAUUGAAAUCUCUUCUGCUUGGUGGCAAAAAGGGGUUAUUGUGAACAUUGUUAAUCAGUGUAGAUUCUGCUGGUUUUGCUGUUUGACAGUGAUCUCAAAAUUUGUUGUUUUCCUAUGGUGGAAGUUGGAUGCUGUAGAAGAGUAAGCAAGAGCUAUUACACAUUCUACUAUUCAGGUU